AUGGAAAAGUCAACACUCAAGAGCAGCAAUCCGUUUAGUGGCUUUGGUCGACCCAAUAAGCGUAUCGCCCUCAUUGGAUUGUUCUUAUUAUCGUUCUUCAGUCUGGGGUUUGUCACAUUUUCUCGCACUUGGUUCAGCAAUCCUUGCUCAGGCGGUAGACUAAGGUCAGUAAAUGAAGCAAUUGCACUGUCCACAGAUCAGGUGGCAUUUGGCAAUGAAGAGAUGAAUGCUGGCAGGGCCACAUUUGUUGAUUUAAACCAGUUACAAGCUACUGCACAAUCUGUCUCAAGACAGGAAAAGGUCUUGAUUCUUACACCACUCAAGAAUGCAGCAAAAUAUCUUCCUCGCUACUUUGAACUCAUUGAUAACAUGAAAUAUCCAAAGCACCUCAUCAGUAUUGCAUUCCUCGUUUCAGAUACAACAGACGAUACCGUGGACAUUUUGAGAUCAACAGCUGACGAAUUUUUGAACCGAGAUAACAAUCGCUAUGAUUCAAUCACAAUCUACGAAAAGGAUUUCAAGUUUGAUCUACCCGAGGAUAAGCGACACAAUUUCGAAUUGCAGCCUCUACGUCGUUCGUAUAUGGCUAGAUCUCGCAACUAUCUCUUAACAGCAGCAUUGCGUCAAGACCAUGCUUGGGUCUUAUGGCUGGAUGUUGAUGUAAUCCAAUAUCCUGAUUCCAUUUUAGAAGAUCUUCAAAGUGUAGAUGUGGAUGUUGUGGUGCCAAACUGUCUUCGAGAGACAGAAGACAAUUCAUUCUGGGGCUACGAUAAGAACAACUGGCAAGAAACUGAUGAAUCCAGAGCCAUUCAAGCACAAUUGGACCCUGAAUAUGUACUACUUGAAGGAUAUUUUGAGUUUCUAACCGGCAGAUAUCUAAUGGUAGAUAUGCCCACGCAUGGCAACAAAUUAGAUAAGGUGCCAUUGGAUGGCGUGGGUGCUACUUUUACUCUGGUAAAAGCCAAUGUCCACAGAGAGGGAGCCAAUUUCCCUGCUUAUUCUUACCAACAUCAAGUCGAAACUGAGGGCUUUGCCAAGAUGGCUAAAGCAAUGGGUUUUGGUGUUUACGGUCUCCCAGCGUACCUGAUCUACCAUAUCAAUAACUCUUAA